AUGGGCUUAUCAACAAUAAUAGGUCCAGAUACAUAUGGAAUAAUGAAUCAAUAUAAAAAUCUCUAUAGUGAAGGAUUAAUUAAAUUUAUAUCAAAUAAAGUGAAUCUUAGUAAAUAUAAUGAUUUUUGUAUUGAAUUUGAAUCAAUUAAAUCAAAGAUUUUUCAUAAAUAUAUGCAAGUUAUUGGUAUAUUUAUGAGUACAUCAAGAUUCUAUUAUAAUUAUCGACAUUCAGGAAAUGUAUUUGCUGUUUUAUCAAAAUAUAUCAAAUUUGGACAACUCUCUAAUAAAUAUUUAUCAACCAUAUUACCAGAAACUUGUGCUUGUCAUCCAAUAAAUACUGCAACAGGUAGAAUAUAUAUAGAUUCGAAUGUAAAUCUUAAUUAUUAUGAGGGAGAAAUAAAUAAAGAUGAAUCGAAUAUAUAUUAUGAAGAUGUAAUUAUUAAAUAUAAUGGACAUGGUCUUGUUAAAAAUCACUUUAGAUAUAUAAUGACUAGUAGAUAUCCUAAACAAUUUCCUAACAGUUUAAAAUUAUAUACACAAUUUCCAAUGGGUGAUGAAAUAGGAUAUAAUAAAUUUGUAUAUAUGACAGGACAUGGAGGUGAUUCAUAUUUACAAUUUCAAGCUAAAGAUUUUAUAUCAUCAGUUGAAAUGGGUAUAAAUUUUAAGGAAAUGUAUUUGAAGGAACCAAGGAUGAAGAUUCUUACAUUAUUAGAUACUUGUCAAGCAUCUACAAUGUAUAGUUAUAUAGAUAAGGAGAUACCUUUGGUAUGGAUCGCAUCUAGUGUUCGAGGAGAAAGUAGUUAUAGUCAUAACCCAAACCCUUAUAUAUCAAUUUCUACAUGUGAUAAGUUCACAUUUGUACUGAGUAAUUUUUUGAACAAUGUUCUCUCGGGGAUUGUUGAUGGAACUAAUAAAGCAUCAGUCUCAAGGCUGUCACUCAGACAACUUUUAAGAAAUUAUGAACGAAAUACUGAAAAGGAAAGAAUUGAAUAUGGAGUUAGUGAAAAUAUUGUUGGAGAAUCGGGGAAAAAGUUGGAUAAAGUAUAUUUAGGUCAAUUUAUUUUCAAUUAUCGUAAAUUGUAUUCAAACUCUUUAAAGUUUAAAAUUAAGAAAAAUAAAAAUUUAAAUUCUAAACGUUUUAAAAAUUUUAAAGUUGAAAAUGUUAAAUUCCAAGGAUACCAAAAUACUUCAUUAAUAGAUAAAAUUCUACAAUUAUAA